CCCCUCUCACCGGCCCGACCCCCGCGGAUCCCCCACCGGCCGCUCCUCAAGUCCGCGGCAGCCGCUCCCCUCUCUCGCUCCAGUGGAGCUGAGAUCCGCACGGCCCUGACGCGGAUUGGUUCCGUUUUCUUCUCGCGGCCUUGUGAUUUGGUGUGCUCGGUUAAACGAUCAACCUUCUCUGAAUUGGAAAUCGUGGCUGCAAUACCCAAUGGAUGUUAAAGGUCUUGAGAGAGAUGAGGCAGAGGGUAGGCUCUAUGUUGGGAAUCUGGACUUCAGGAUAUCAGAGUCCGACGUUAUCAAGAUGUUUUCCCCGUUUGGAAAGAUUACAGCUGAGGAUUUCUUGUGGCACACACGUGGCCCAAAGCGAGGCGAACCCCGGGGCUAUGCUUUUGUUCAAUACACCACUAAGGAGGAAGCUCAGUUAGCAAAGGAAAAGAUGAAUGGCAAGUUAGUCUGUGGACGUCCAAUGGUGGUUCACCUGGCUAGUGAAAAAAGCUCUCUGGACUCUAGUGAUUCGCAUAGAGCACUCAAAGACAAGAAAGUGACAGGUGGUUCAGCAAUCAGAUCAGCACAAACUGAUCGCGCUGCAAAGAUAGCUGCCAUAAAAAACAAGUUAAAAUCCUUGGAGGAAGAAGGAUGCAGCACAAAAAGACCAAGACUCACACCAAAUGACUUGACAGGCACCAAGGAACACUCUCAUAAGAAGUUUUGAAGUGAGUUUUUGAGAUCUUCAGAAUGAUGGGAGCUGGUGCCAUCUCGCCCUAGUGACACUUCUAUAGCUGCUGCAUUCUAUAUAAUUUUAGCUUUAGGAAGUGAGUCAGAUCACAGGUGUAACAUUUCACUGUUUUUAUAUUUGUACAACAGUUUGUACCAAUUACCUGUUUCUGAAUCAAUUGUCAUUUAUAUGGGAAUCAGUGUGGAAUUAUAUAUUGUGUUGGCACUGAUAA